UCCUAAUGAAGCAGCAGGGAGGACAGACCAUGAGAAAAACCAGAGACAGAGAGACAGAAAAGAGGAGGAGCGUGCACACUCGUUACAUCAUUUAUGAGUCUCAAGAACAGAUUUAUUGUCCACUGGAGAAUCACUGGUUGUGUAUAUAAAUGCGAGUGUGUGUUGGGCUGGAGAGAGAGAGAGAGAGACAGCUGACAGAGAGGAGAUUUACUCACAGCAUAUCUUCAACUGCUCAAACAACAUGUCUCAGCCGGGUCAGGAGGAAGAUGAACAAAUGCAGCGUCCUGAGGUGAGCGAAGAGGACCUGACUGAAGCAAAGAACAAACUGGGAAGAAGUGGGCCAGCGAAGAGCAAGACGCUUCAAGUAAUGGAGGAGUGUGAGAAAAUGGGCAAAACUGCUCCCUCUGUGUUCAGCGGAGUGAGGUCAGGAGGGGAGACUGUUUUCAACACACGCUCAGCUCGACCUAUCAGGAAGUAACAGUGGACUUCCUCACUAUGCUUGGACAGCACCUGUUCCACGUUAAGGGCUUGGGAUUAGUUGUUCUCCAGCUGUUUGUGUGCUCUCAAGCUUGUGUUUUUGCACUCGGUUUUGUCUGGUUAUGAUAUGUUUUUGCACUUUUAUUAAGUUGAUAAUUACCUUCCUUAAACAGAAGAAUUUCUACGUACUGGUAAGCCAGUUUUUUAUUUCUGAAAUACAUAAUUUUGUUCAUUCAACCAUUGUUGCAGUUUCUGUCACACCAGCAUUCACCCACUUUUUCAGGUUGCAGGGUGAUAAUGAAGGAACAUUAGAGCAAUACAACUGAAACCUUAGGCCUUUUUCACAGCAGACAUUUUGACUUGUCAUAGUAGGAAAAGCACAGGUGUUACUAAUGGUAUUAACCAUGCAUGGGUGGAUUUUGAGAGAAUGAGCCCCUGGGCACAGAUAUGCAAAAGGCCCCACCACCUCUACAACAUAGGAGCAAGACACGCAAACAUGCAUGCUACCACUUUUGGCCCCUGAACCCGGGCCUAGUAGGCCCUUUCAGUAGUUCAUCCAAGUAUCCAUGACGCCAUUCUGUUCCAGUAACAGUGGGUGUUUCUCUAUUCUACCGAGGACAGAGUCCUUAAUUCAGAACAUUUUCAAGGAUGAAUGUGUGUAUCCUCUGCGGGUAUAAAAUACCCACAGUUCUUUGUGUAUGAUUUGCUGGAAGUGAAGGCGGGGCCUCUUUAAUGAAACUUUAGAUAAACAUGUCAUUUAUUUGGAUUAAUGUCUACAGGAGUUUUUAUCAUACAAGCGUGAACAAAUAUUGACAGAAACCUCAUAAUUUACAAUGUGUCCACUGCAGAAUAAUGAGAAUUUUAAAAUAACGUGAUUUAGAUAAAACAUAAGUGUUUAAAGCAGUCAUUUACAGCAGUGAUAGAGCGUUAAGUGCCACAAGUUUCAUUUAGCCUACCUGUUUUUUUUUUUUAUAAUCCAGAAAUAUAUUCUCCCUAGAAGUCAUAUGACUCUGAAAAUACUGCUACAUUUGUUCAAAUUUUACAACAACAUUAGAGCGCUAAAAUGAUCACAGUAACUGAAACCUCCUCAGUCUGCUGAGGGUUAAUGUCGUACACCUAGGGACACUUGUUAGCCUGUUCCAAUGUGUGUUCAUUGAAUGCUAGGACAAGGACUCUCGCCUUGCCUCUGGAGGAUCCUUCCAUGGACUUUGAGAAACACCGAGUGAGCCAGCAUGCACAAUACCAGCAUCCUGAACUAAGCAGCUAAAUGGAAUUAAGCCAUCGUUAAUUUUAUUAAUUACACCUGUGCUUUUCCUGCUGUGACAAGACAAAAUAUCUUCUGUAAAAGACAAGGAGGUUAAAAAGAGAAGUCACAGCACCACAUUGCCUCAUGUUACUGGGGUACAACAUGUGCAGUAAAAUCUGUUCUGCACUUUUCAAAAGGCUCAUUAGCUGGCACACUAUCAUAGAACAUGAGGAUGAUUGAUACUUUUCAUUGUGGCGUCUGCAAUCCGACAUACAUUUGGAAAGAUAUAGGUCAGAAUUAGAAUCUUGCAAGUAUUGAAAGGAACCUUAAUAGAAGACCAAAGCAGAUCCUUUCUAUAUAAAAAUGUUCUACUGUAUAUCAGCUGCCAUCCAUGAGUGCAUCCAAAAAGCUCUGUUGGGCCAAACACAUUCAAAUGGGCUAAAAAUAAAAAUAGCUCACCAAAGUGAGCAGACACCAUCCCUCUAUUCAUAGCGCCAUCUGCUGUAACCCUCCAACAUCACAGCUCCAGUUACACCAUGCAUGUGUCAUACCCCAAAGCUCCCAUAGGGUCGAAGAGCGUGUCCCCUCUUUUGAAAAGCCUUGAUGAAAAAGGCCUAUCGCACAAUAGACUGGCAAGAAAAUACAUGUUGACAUUAAAAAUAAGUUGAAAUCUUUUGGAAAUUUUUUGCAAUACAUUCUGUCUCAUGCAUCCUGUGUUUUAUUGUAAGAACUGCCAGUAAUAUGUUAAAUGUCAGAAUGAAUAAUAAACAAGCCAAGAAAACUGGUUAAAUUG